UCUUUCUCUUUCUUGUCUGACAACCUUCACAAACACACACAAGAAACAAUCCCCGGAUAUUACCAUUCUACCCCUCCCUUUUGCCCUCCCCUCCAAUACUCCAUUAAACUCACUCUUCCACUCCCUCCCCCAAAUCGCAUCCACAAAUGGCACAGUCUCAGGCCUCCUCUCUCUCCGAGCUCCGUCUCUGUAGCUCCGCUGACGUUGCACCCGGAAACACCGAUGAUCCGGGUCUCCCCGUCUCCACCUCUGCAUCCUCUGCCAAGUACAAGCUGAUGUCGCCGGCCAAGCUCCCGAUCUCGAGGUCUGCCUGCAUCACCAUACCUCCCGGGCUCAGCCCGACGUCGUUUCUCGAGUCCCCCGUGCUCCUCUCCUACAUGAAGGCAGAGCCUUCUCCGACCACUGGUUCCUUUAUUAAGCCUAAAGUGGUGCAUGGCGCUGUUGGUUCUGCUACACAUCUGGUAACGACAGUUUGCACCAACACUGAUACCUUCAAUGAAAGAAAUUCCAGCUGCUUCAAAUUUGAACCUCAUGCUACAUCAAAUAUGGUUCCUGCAGAUCUGAACCACCAGAGAAGUGAACAAUUUAUGCAAGUCCAAGGUCAGUGCCAACCUCAUGCGUUUGCAUCAUCAGCAUCAGUGAAAAAUGAGAUGGCAAAUUCCUCAAACAAUUUGAGUGUUUCAGCACCAAUUCACAUGGUAACUUCAGUGGCCAGUGCACCUGCUGAAGUUGAUUCAGAUGAUCCAAACCAUGGAGCUACCCCAAAUACCAGGUUUCAAGCUUCACAACUUGACCCUAAAGGAAAUGCAGUUUCUGCCGUCACUGAGAGGUCAUCAGAGGAUGGAUACAACUGGCGAAAAUAUGGACAGAAACUUGUUAAAGGAAGUGAAUUUCCACGUAGCUACUACAAGUGUACACAUCCUAACUGUGAAGUGAAAAAGUUGUUUGAGCGCUCUCAUGAUGGACAGAUAACUGAGAUAAUCUACAAGGGGACACAUGAUCAUCCUAAACCUCAACCUAGCCGUCGAUAUACUGCUGGCACCAUUAUGACCAUCCAAGAAGAAAGAUCUGAUAAGGCUCAAGCUUUAACUGGCCGAGAUGAGAAGUCAGCUAUCUAUGGACAAAUGUCUCAUACAGAUCCAAAUGGCACUCCUGACCUAUCUCCUGUGACAGCAAAUGAUGAUAGUCUAGAUGGUGCAGGUUCACUACCAAAUAGGAUCAACGAUGAUGUUGAUGUUGAUGAUGAUGAUCUAUUCUCAAAACGGAGGAAAAUGGAUAUUGGAGGGCUUGAUGUCACUCCGGUGGUUAAGCCCAUCCGAGAACCACGUGUAGUUGUCCAAACUCUUAGUGAGGUAGACAUACUGGAUGAUGGGUAUCGCUGGCGUAAAUACGGGCAGAAAGUGGUCAGAGGGAAUCCUAAUCCAAGGAGUUACUACAAGUGUACAAAUGCUGGAUGCCCUGUUAGAAAACAUGUGGAGAGGGCAUCUCAUGAUCCCAAAGCAGUUAUAACCACAUAUGAGGGAAAGCACAAUCAUGAUGUGCCAACUGCAAGGACAAGUAGCCAUGACACAGCAGGACCCACAGCUGUAAGUGGACCAUCAAGGAUUAGAUCAGAAGGAAAUGAUGCCGUUAGCCUUGAUCUUGGGGUUGGGAUCAGCUCAUCUGUUGAAAACAGGUGCAAUGAGCAUAGGCAGACACAGCAUUCUGAAAUUCUGGGAAGCCAAACAUAUGCAAGCAGUUCACAUUUCAAGGUAGUUCAAGCAACCCCAGUUUCAACGUAUUUUGGUGUUCUAAACAGUGACUUGAGUCGAUAUGGAUCUAGAGAAAAUCCGAGUGAACGCCGGAACAUUGAAAUCUCACCUUUAAACCAUUCCUCUUACCCAUUUCCACAAAACAUUGGAAAGAUUCUGACGGGUCCAUGAGAUUGUUUUCAAUGAAAAGAGAACAGAAAUAAGAUGCUGUGUGAUUUUAUUAUAUUUAAUUUUUUUUCAACUUUCCCUCCCUUCUUUUCGGCGGUUAAGGACAACAAGGCAAGAGUCUCUAGAGGAUAAUAAAAUUCCUUUUACAUGUUACUUUAGUAUCUGAGUGCUGUUCUUGAUAUCGACUGCCUCCCUGCAAAUAUGCCUUACCAAGUCCAAUACUGUUUGUAUAAUGUUGACUUCUUGGAGAAUACUCUGUAUAAAUAUGAAUUUUUAAGACUCUUAUUAUUAUCUGACAGGAAGACAUUAUUGUAACUCAAAAGUACUUGUAAGAUAUUGGUGAGAAAUAUAGUUUCGUUUCAUCUUUUUA